UUGCUGCUGCGAGCUAAAGUACGUUCUUCAACCCACAAACCAUAAAAACUUAAUUAAAUCAACAAACUCGGCUAAUUUAUGCAACAAAGCCAGGCCAGGCUGAGAACUAGGCAGUGAAUUAAAGCAGCUUUAAUGUCUGACCGAGGCAGUGUACAAGGCUCAUCUGUGGACUGCCUGAAAGUGCCUGGAUCUCAAAACGGGUGUCUAACUUUAGAAUCUUCCUCAACAGACUUAAAAGACUUAAAAAAUUUUCGGCACUCUUCAGUGAGUUCAUUGAACAAUUUAGACUUAGGAUUGCAUAGAAUUAAAGGCGAAUUAGGUCAUUUUGAGAGACAAGUGAAUCGGUCCGAAAACUUCUUGAAUAGGCCUGAAAACUACUUGAAUAGGCCGGAAAAAGAGCUUGAACCAACAAACCUUCAACACUAUGCACAAGGCCUAUAUUUUGUACAAAAAUUGCUGUCUAUGAGAAUGCCGAAAUCAAGUAGUUUUUCAGUCCGUGACAUUCUAGACCUUCCUCGACCUCAGGAGGGUCAGCUUGACCUCAAAUCCAGGACACAAGCCGGUCACCUCAAGACAGAUCUAGCAAGAUCAGCCUCGAAUAUCGACCUCGAGACUGACCGUAAACCUGAGAUAGAUUCAUCCUUUAGUCGGUUAUCCAACCCCUGUCCCGCCUCUUCUCCUGCUCAGCCCUCCUACACGGGUUCCGCCCUAAACCAUGGGCGUGGCAGCCUGGGCGUUACCUCCUGGCCGAUGAUAUCUCCGAUCUUCUCGCAUCAUAACUUGAGUUGUAUAAAAAAGGAGGACGAGGACGAGGAUGGGAGAGGACGGGAUGAGGGAUCCCUCCCUGACCUACUCUCCCUCCCCUUGCCUGGGCAGCCUGGUGAGGGAGGAGAGGAUGAGUAUGAGGAGGAGGAGGAGGAGGGUAUAGAUGUAGACGGGUCGGAUGAUCAGGAAUCUGGACACCUUUCUCAUUCAGGAAAGAAGAAGAAACGUCGUGUUCUGUUUUCCAAAGCUCAGACCUAUGAACUAGAGAGAAGGUUUAGACAACAGCGGUAUCUAUCUGCUCCAGAGAGAGAACAUUUAGCUAAUAUGCUGAACCUUACACCUACACAGAUAAAAAUUUGGUUUCAAAACCAUCGGUACAAGACGAAGAAAGCUAUUCAUGAGAAAGGAUUGGAGAACUGGGGCUCCGGGCUCUCCCCUAGAAGGGUCUCUGUUCCUGUUCUUGUUAGAGAAGGUUUAAACUAUCCAUCCUUAACAACCAAACAAGAAGCUUUACUUGCCCAGGCACACCUGGCAGGGUUCGGACUUCCUCAACCCUUCCCUUUUCAUUCCCUUCCCUUUCCACACCCUCUCCUUCCCCCCGUAUCAUCAGCAGGUUCACACCUUCUUCAUUCACCUUCCCUCCUCUCCGCCUUCUCACAAAACCUUCAUAAAUCUAAACUCUGGUGAAUAUAUAUCUGUCAAUCUUUGGUGAAAACUUUUAAGUUCGUCCUUGUUGAAGAAAAAACACAUUUAUUUUUGGGACUCUUAUUGCGGAAAUUAAAAUUUUCAAAACCUACGAAAAAAUUCAGAAAGAAAAAGUUUUUUUCGAUAUUUUCAAUGGAAUUGGACAACCCAUAAUUCAGUCAUGAAUUGAUCAGUAUUGUUUAUAUUUCGAUAUCUAUUUUUUCUUAAAAGACAAAAACCUGCUUCAACCAAAUUUAACAAAGCAUUUGCCUAUACGAGUACUGUUUCUGAGGCAAGUGUUUCAUCAAUUUCAGGUUUGUUUUCUAAAAAAACUCUUUAAUUUAAUUCGAAAAAAACACAUCAAAUUUUGAUAAUGAACAAACAGUACUUCAAAUGUCUGCAAAACUUAAGCCGUCGCCCAUUUUAGAGGCUUAGAUAAACCCAGUUAGAUGAUUAUUUAAACUAAAGCACGCAAGCAUUCAGUAGUUAAUUUAUCUUGAUUAACACAAGCAAUUACAUGCUAAUUUUCAUGUACAUAAACUUUAUUGACAUAAGGAAUUCAGUCUUUGCCACGAGCUCAAAUUUUCUAACCCCUAUAUGAUAGCAUCCUGAUCGUGUAAAUCUUUCAUAAUUUAUUAUUAUUGUAAAUCUUUUAUUUGAUCUAACAGAAUUUAUAGUUUUAAAUAUCUACGG